AUGCACCACGGCAACGGACGGCAGUCCAGUUCCAAUUCUAGUUCCCUCCAUAAACCUUGGCUUCAGUGCUCUUUCCCGGGUUGCCGUUACAAGACACAAAGGCAAAAUGCUCUCACGAGGCACGCCGACAGCCAGUAUGUUGGAGGGACGGUGCACCCAUGUACGUUCCCAGGUUGCGGCUACGAGACGCGGAGAAGAAGGGACUUCGAACGACACAUGAAUGUUCAUGUGGGAGCAUGGAUCAUGAUUCCCUGUCCAUACCCAGGCUGCCUAUAUAAGGCGCGAGCAAUCCGAUACCUCAGAAUGCACAUUGUUACUCAUGGUACAAGAGAGAAGCGCUACGCGUGCAAGCUCGCUGGGUGCACGUUCACGGCGCAACAACGCUCCAAGGUUACACGACAC